AUGCUGUCCUCAAUCAUUUCUCUCCUCUUCGCCGCGACCGCGUUGGCACAAACACCAGCAGGAAGCUACGCCCACACUAAGCAUAACCUCGGGGCAGCCUAUCAGAAUGCGACAAUCACCCCUGGAGCUUGGAUCAGCCCUGAUGACGUAAGCGACCAACCUGCCAUCUGGCCUUCUAGCAUGAAAAUGCGCAAGGAUACCAAGUACAUGCUCAUCAUGCUGGAUCUGAACAUCCCUGACUCCGACGUCACCACCGCUGCUUACUAUGACACAUUGGUUCCCGGUGUCGCUGUGAACACUACUACACGUGUACACUGGUGGGGUGGCAACUAUACAAUUGACGAUGGCAAAUUCGUCAACUCGAGUGAUAGUCUUGCGCCAUACACCGCACCUCGUCCCAGGGAUAGUACCAACCACACUUAUACUUUGUAUUUGUUUGAUCAGCCUGCUGGGUAUAUCCCUUCUCAGGCUGCGUUGGAUGGUACUUAUUACUCUGAGACCACCAGUGCGCGUUUUAACUUUAGUUUGACUCCGAUUUUGGAAGCGGUUGGGGAGCCUGUUGCUGCAACUUACUUCCUGAGUAACGAAGUCUAG